CUCGCAGCUUUCGACAGCUUGCCCCUCAAAUGUUCGAAGGCGCCAUUUGCUGCCCUGUUAUUUCGUAUAUUAUCACCAGUCUGACUUGAUGCUAACUGUAUUAUGUAGUCUAGCUGAUCGAAGAUCAUCCUUGUCUCGUUGACUAGAGAUAGGGCUUGUGAUUUGCUCUUAGCGUUAUGCCAAAAGAUGUAGUGCACAUAUUACGACUUGAGGUCUAACCAAGGUCAGGUCUGAAAUGAGCUGUCUUUCCAAGAAGAUCGAAAGCUUAUCUAGUUGUCUAUGAAGUCAAAUCAAAACACCAUAAUGGAUCUUUACUUCUUCAUUCACGUCACUAUUGUAACCUUAAUCUCCCUCCUUCGUACAUAUAUCAUGACCUCUUCUGUUCACUCUACGCCUCUUGUUUCCAAUGCACCCUUCAUUUUCCCGAAGCACCCGUCGGACCUCCACUCGCACGAAAAGUAAACAAGUGAUCCCUAACCUCGCCGCAAGAUUCAGCAUGGAAGGCGGAGCCACUCAUUUGCAUGAGUUCGACUCUCGAAAAUACGAACUCCAGGCCUUAUUGCACGAGCCAGACUUCAGGGAUGAUGUACCUAAUAUAAGGGCGGCGCUUGGAUAUUAUCGGGAAAACGCAAUACCCCAUGAUGAGAAAGGUUGUAUCAUGUUCUACAAUGGCAAAAGGAUUCAUGUACUGGAUAGCGCCUCCCUCCAAUAUUCCGGUAGGCUCUGGAUUGAGAAAUUCUCCUCUCGCCUUAAUCUCAAUCGGGUGACCAAAGAACUCGUGGCCUUGCGGAAAGUUGAAGUGUUGACUGUCAAGAUGGAACCAAGUCACCCCUGCAGCCAACGUGGUCCGCCUUCUCAUAGCUCACCAGAGCCCAUGGUGACACCGGACUCGGCGGCUACGGCUAAUGGCUCGGUGGUCUCAACCCCGACUAUACCAUCUCUCUUGUCAGAGCCUUCAUUAUCGGAGCGGGGAGAAGAGAUACACAGAUCUGACGCGAACACAAGUGCAAGCUCAGGAUUCGCGCCAGAAACCUCGAACGGUUGCCAACUCGGCCCAGCGAUGCUCGCCCGUCCAGAGGACACAGUCCCAGCAAUCUGCUUGGCGCUUCCGCCACAGAGCAAUGCAACUAGAUGGCCAGCGAGCCAGAGUUAUUUCGACUCCUUGAAUCGCUUGGAGGAGGAAUGGAAUGCUCACAAAAGGCCCCUACAUUACGACGUGAUGUCUGCCGACACCACUUAUUCAUUCUCUAUGUCGUUCACAGAGGCAGACGAACUGACCAAAAAAAUGGAACACUCGCUUCUGGAGCAGCAGGCCCCCGGACAAGCCCCAUCGAAAGAGCCCAAAUCAAAACUCACCGACCCCGCUGGUCGCCAUUUUCGCGUUUGCCGUGCCUGCAGGGGAGCCGGUGAUGUCCCUGACGAACCCGAGUGGUAUCUUGGCGGUAGGCAUGGUGCAGAAGGUGCUGCAUCCAUCCCCGGGACAGACUUCCCUGCAAAAAGGAAGAAUAUCACACCCAGCUGGUCUCGCACCGAGAUGGAAAUGUUGGGGCAUGACGCUGCUCAACGAGGAACCCGUGCCGUCCGGACAUUCCACCGACCGUCCCACAGCCGCGACUGGCCUGUAGACAAACUAGACGAUGUCAGCAACCCUGCUGUAGCUCGUGCUGAUGGUUUCGCUCCCAAUCCUCCUGUUAUGCCUGGACCCGAGGGUCCUCCUUCUCACCUAGAGUCUAAACCCUCUGAGCCACUCGAACUUGAUGCUAGUGCUUCUGAGAGAAUUUCACGCACACUGGAACGUCUCGAGGCGAAAUUGAUACUUCUAGAAUCCAGGCUCGAUGAUAUGGAUUAA